AUGACCAAAUGUACCGACGACCCGAUAUUUCGUAUUCAAUUUUGUCGUGAUUCACUGGAGGGAUUUGAAGGAGAUCAAUUCCGUCAUGUAUUUGACCUUAUAACUGGUGACGAAUCAUGGCUUUAUCAUUACGCUCCAAUAACAAAAGAGCAAUCAACAGUUUGGAUUUCACAAACAAAUCCACGACCAACCAAAGUUCAUCGCUACAAAAGUUCCGGCAAACGAAUGGUGGCUACUUUCUUCAUAAAAUCUGGUUUAAUCAAGUCCAUACCAUUAGAACGUGGUAAAACGAUAACUGCAAGAUGGUAUGUCAAUAGCUGCCUGCCACAAAUCUUUGAAACAGUUUCAGAAUGGAGACAAAAGACCGGUCUUCGAGGUCUCAUUUUGCAUGACGACAAUGCGAGACCACAUAGAGUCAGAUUAACAUUUGAAAAGCGUGUAUUGUUGAGGAGAGUUCAUUUUGUUCAUAAUCGUUCAAUCGAGAAUGAUGAUAUGAUUGAUGUUCAGUUUUCAUCUGUUGGUGCUCAACGUCGAAAUGCUGUAAUUAAAACAGCAAAUUUAACUUAUGAAGGAGAACAAAACAAUGAUUUAUGCGGAAAACUUGGUUUUGUCGAUGAUAAAGGUCGUAUACAUUUAUCUGAUUUUGAUUUCUUUGUUAUGAGACCAAAAUUGGAUGACUUUAAUCUCAUUAGUAAUGACGCCACUACUGACAAAUCAUCUGAUAAUACAAUAAAUAGAGGAAGUCUAGAUGUACAAUUUGGUACUGAGAAAAAACGUCGCUUAGUUCAUUCUAAACAACGUAAUGAAAUUCAAUCAAACGUAUUAGAAUCAGCUGUGUCGUCUGCACGAGAACAAGUAUUAUCAACAAUAAAUGCUGCUGCAGAUACGAGUUCGUUUGAACAUCAAAUGUCAUCAUGUUCAGUAUCGGAUGAAGCACAAACCUUGCCUGUGCCAAAUCGUGAAGCAAAAACACCAGCCGAAGUAUUUCGAUUAGAUGACAUAAUCACUGAUGAUGAUAUUUCAGCUCUAAACGAUAAAUGUAAUAGUAUAGUUGAUGCAACAAAAGAUGAUAUUCAAGCUUGGUCCAAAGAAGGAAGAUAUGCACUAUUUGUGUGUGAUCAAAUGAAAAAAUUACCUAGCGACCAUACUGAACGUAUAAGAAAGGCUUGUUUAAUAUUAUAUUUACAUUAUCUCAUUCAAUUGUAUAAACGAUCCACUUUCAAACGUCUUUCUGGAAAGCCAUUUCCAGAGGAUGCACCAAGACAGUUGCAAGACAAAGCGUUACAAAUGUACACAAUUCCAAAUAUUAACGAGAAGACGAAAAAGCCCGAAAAUACUGUUCCACCUCGUCUUCGUUUAAUAUUAACAGCUCACAUUUGUAUAUUAACAUUGUACAUCUGUCGAUUUAUUGUUGAUAUAGAAAGCUUAAGAUUGUCAUUAGGCAUACAAUUACAAAAAAUGCAAGAUCUUUACAGUGUACUUGGUUGCAAGUUGAUGAAAGUUGCUCAAACGAGUGUUGCUGUACUUGAAAUACCAUUGCCAGAAUUAAAAGAUCAAACAGAAAGAACGAAUGGCUCAAGAAAACGUAAACGAACAGAGUUGACAACGCGUCAGAUACGCGAUUUAUAUUGCGCAAAAUCUGGACAAACAGUUGAACGACAUUCAACAGAAGAUAAUCAGUUAAAAGAAAUUGUUAUGAAAAUGGUCGAAGAAAUUCAGAAAGACAAAUCCCUCCAAAAAGAAGAAAGUGACGAUGAAGAUAAUAUGCCAUUAAUUUCUUAUAUUAAACUUAAACCAAAUAAUGAUGAUACGACACGAACAAAGAAAAAAUCAUCAAGCAAUAUAAAAGUUUCAAAAGUGAAUAAUUCUAAGAAAGAAAAAAAGAACGUAGUUAAAAAAGAAAAGAAGAAGAAUGUGGACGAAAGCAAUAACCAAAUUGAUCAUUUAAAAAAAUUAUUACGUGCAUCGGGUAUUCGUCUGAUUGUUAAAAAUGCUGAAUUAGAACAGUAUGUAUCAAAAGAAGAAAAAACAGAAUAUUUAAAAUCAUUAUUUGAAAAAGCUGGUUAUACAGGUGGUCUUACUAUAAAAGAAUGUCAACGUUAUAAAGAACAACGUGACCGUGAAAAAGAAUUGGCAGAUAUUUCCGCAGGUACAACAGAAAAUAUUCAAGGGUAUGUUAAAGCGGGUCGUACAUUGCGCAGACGUAAUAGUUCGACUCCAUCGCCACCUGUUUCUUUUUCAACGAAAAGAAAACGAUUAUUGACUGAUCAAGAUAGUGAAGAUGAUGAUUCCAACAGUUAUGAAAAGAAAAGUAAACUCGAAGAAACUGACAUUAAUAAAUCACAAAAUGAAUUAGAGAACGUUCAACAAGGCAGAGUUGCUCAAAGUGACGACGACGAUGAACCAGUUUCAUAA